AUGGGGGAUAAAGUUGAAUAUGGCACCUCUACUGUGAAGAGCUUAGGGGACACCUGCCGCCUUGUUAGGGCCCUGCAAGGAUCGACGGACCCCAGAUUGGUGUCUAUUAAUUCACUGCUUGAGGGUGUGGUGAAAUCAGCACAAAGUCUUGUAAAGGGGACUGACUCUCAGAAGCGAUUUAACAUGGAGUUCGCUGAGUUCUGCGGCGUAGCCUUGAUGGGACUACCGGACCUAGAGGAUGCCGUUGAUGAUUUACGAGUGCAGGAGAACUGUGCAAACGCUGCGGUGAAUGACCAGGACGACUUUGAUGGAAUUUCUCCAGCUAUCUUUAUGAGAGAGAUUAUCGGUUAUGUAGUAUCGCGUAACACGAACGUAGGUGCCCAAUACCUUGAGCACAUCGGACGUUCCGCGAUGGCGAAAUUCGCGGGACAGGAAAGUUCGGAAGUAACGCCGAAGCGUUUAAAGAGCGGCAUGAAUGAUGAAAGACAUGUGCAAAGUGUGGCGCGUAAGAAACAACGCACACGGCCUGUGGCCGGUAAGAUGGGCCGAGCACCGACCGAUGAUAAAUCUGGCGUGGCUGCAACGGGUCGGGUUUUUGGCGUUGAUGGAGACGAACCGAAACAAAGAUACAAACAGUCUAGGCCAAAAGGCCCUCCAAUGUUGUCACGGUGGGUAAAACCGUGGACGCUUCUGAAUCAAAGAGUGCAGGGAAUUAUCUUAGAGCACGCCUCAAAUGAAAAUACUCGUAGACCCCCUGUAUGUAAUUAUCCCCCAGGGAAACGAAGUAAUAUAACACCCUUUGACAUUUGCACUGCCCCGUCCGGGCCGGAAAUGCUAAAUCUUUGGCAUGCACGCGAGUCCAUGACCUCAUCCAGUGUUGGUCAUUGUGAUCCUGUGGGGGUCGCCUUCGACGAAACUGCCCUUGACCACGACUCCAAAGGUAGUGAGCCGUCCUUUUUUCCGAGCGGCGAUAAGAAAGUCUGUGCCUUUGUUUCUUCUGAGCUGAUGGCGAACCUGGUACGCUACGGAGUAUCCUCUCUCGAGGCGCCGUUUAAGGGUGCUAAGUGA